GAGAAUCAGUUAAAGACAAAUUACAAUAACAGUCAGCAUGGCACCCUCCACGGUAACCCAUGAUUCUACCAUCCUCGUGGUGGGAGCGGGUGUAUGGGGUUGUUCUACUGCUUUGCAUUUGGCUCGUCGCGGAUAUAAGCAUGUCACAGUUCUAGACCCCUACACGGUCCCAUCCGCAAUCGCAGCCGGCAAUGAUAUCAACAAGAUCAUGGAACACAAGGAGCCCAAAGCAGGCGAAGAAAGUCCACGCAGCAUUGCGUUCGCGACGUGCACUCGUGCCGCUCUGAAAGCGUGGCGGACGGAUCCUGUUUUCAAGCAGUACUUUCAUGAGACCGGUGUCAUAGUGUCCGGUCAUACCCCGGCACUCAUUGAGCACAUCCGCAAAGACGAAAUCGAGUCAUCUGAUGCAGACUUUGUCGAAUUGAAGACAGCUGAAGACUUCCGAAAGACAAUGCCUCCAGGUGUUCUCACUGGCGAGUUUCCUGGCUGGAAGGGCUGGUUGAACAAGUCGGGUGCCGGAUGGAUUCAUGCCAAGAAAGCCAUGAUCUCUGCGUACACUGAAGCCAAGCGUCUUGGGAUCAACUUCAUCACUGGAUCUCCCCAGGGGAACGUUGUAUCACUAGUAUACGAGAACGGAGAUGUGGUUGGAGCUAAAACGUCCGAUGGGGUCAUUCAUCGAGCAGACCAAACCAUUUUGGCAGCGGGUGCGGGAAGUGACCGUCUCCUGGAUUUCAAGAAACAGCUGCGUCCUACUGCCUGGACGCUCUCUCAUAUUCAGAUGACCCCUGAGGAGGCCAAGCAGUACAAGGAUUUACCCGUGCUUUUCAAUAUUGCGAAGGGGUUCUUCAUGGAGCCUGAUGAGGAUAAGCACGAACUGAAGAUCUGUGACGAGCAUCCUGGAUACUGUAACUUUAUUCCAGACCCUGCAAGAUCCGGCGAGAUCAGAAGCAUCCCAUUUGCGAAGCAUCAAAUUCCCCUGGAGGCCGAAGCUCGCGUUAAGGACUUCCUGCGGGAUACAAUGCCACACUUGGCCGACCGUCCGCUGGUAUUUGCCCGUAUCUGCUGGGAUGCUGACACGGUAGAUCGCGCCUUUUUGAUCGAUAAACAUCCUGACCACCCUUCACUGCUGGUCGCCGUGGGAGCUUCUGGGAACGGGGCUAUGCAGAUGCCCACUAUUGGAGGGUUCAUUGUGGAUGCACUGGAGGGUCACCUACAAGAUGAGCUAAAACAUGUCGUUCGGUGGAGGCCAGAAACAGCGGUCGACAGAGACUGGAAGUCGACACAGAACCGUUUCGGAGGACCAGAUGCGGUUAUGGACUUCCAGACGGUUGGCGAAACUGAAUGGACCAAGAUCAAGAGCCGGCUAUAGAUGAGCGGUCAUGUAUGAGAGCGAAAUGUAAAUAGUGAUAUUGCCAUGAAAUAUCAGCUUAUGAUUAUACCUUCCAUAAA